CCUCUCUUUAAAUCGGCUGUUUAGUAUGCAAAUCUUUGUGAAAACUCUUACCGGGAAGACCAUCACCCUCGAGGUAGAGGCCUCGGAUACCAUCGAAAAUGUCAAGGCAAAGAUCCAGGACAAAGAGGGCAUCCCUCCCGACCAGCAACGUCUUAUCUUCGCUGGAAAGCAGCUCGAAGACGGUCGCACGCUGUCUGACUACAACAUCCAGAAGGAGUCCACUCUUCAUCUGGUACUCCGUCUCCGUGGAGGUAUCAUCGAGCCAUCUCUUCGUCAGCUUGCCCAGAAGUACAACUGUGACAAGCAGAUCUGCCGUAAAUGCUAUGCUCGUCUUCCCCCUCGAGCCUCGAAUUGCAGAAAGAAGAAGUGCGGACACUCAAAUGAUCUCCGCAUCAAGAAGAAGCUGAAGUAAAUGCAUGUCGAUCAGUGGACUGAUAAAUAUGCUACGUUGUCCUUGUUUAUUAUACAUAUAAAAUAAUUGUUAUG